CUUGCAUCCCUUCUGGUAAAGCGCGCACACUCACACACAGUUCCUCUUUAUUACAAUGCACUUUCCGACACACUCCCGCACAACCUUAACUUUUCUAACAAUACAAGCAGUUUGAAGUUGUCAGGAUCCUGAGGAGGGCAACAGACAGGACUGGUCCUCAAACACUGUCCCCCUGGAGACACAACAGGCUCCUUGGAUAAGGGUUCAGUCCACCCUGACAGACCUCCCAACAACAUGAAUCGCAAAGACAGCAAAAGAAAAUCUCGUCUGGAUAUUCCAUUCCAAUCUGUGAGCAAUAAUGGAGUUAAUACCCCUGCCAAGGGCCGUCACAGUCGGAGGAGAAGGAUGACCUGCCCAAGCUCUGCUGAUAUUAACAAGGCCAUGGCAACAGUAAGCCAGGCCCAGCUUGGAAAGGGCUGCAGCCUUGAAGAGCUUAUUGAAAUAUGCAUACAGUCAUUUGAAGUGGAUGGUAGACUGUGGAGGAACGAAGACACUGUUCACAUGACCCUCAUAAUGCACAGCUGGGUGGUACCAUCUGCUGAAUUUGCACAGAAGCUUCUUCAACUUUAUAAAGAUGCAGCUAAUAGUGUCAGGAAGGCGCUGAUCCGUCAGUUACUGUGGUUUUGGAAUAACAACUAUCCAGAAAUAUUCAGGCUUGACAGUAAAUUGGAUGAUAUGAUGACUAACUUUUGGGAGAAAGAAAAAGGAGGGCCGAGCCAGCAUCAGCUAAUUGACACAUCCCAAGGAUUUGAACAGGAUAUAAUCAGAACCCUUCCAGGAUCCCCUAGCUUCAAUAAGAAACGGAAAGUCUCUCUUCUCUUUGAUCACUUGGAGCCUUCAGAACUGGCUGAUCAUCUGAGUUACCUUGAGUUUAAAUGUUUCUGCAGAAUUUCGCACCUAGACUUUAGAAGUUACACUCUACAGAAUUCUCUUCGGGAGAUUCCUCGUCUGGAAAGAUCAGUCACAUUGUGCAACAGUAUUUCCCAGUGGGUACAGCUCAUGAUACUAAAUCGGCCGACCCCUCAGCAAAGGGCAGAGGUGUUUACUAAAUUUAUCCAGGUGACACAGAAGCUACGUAAAUUACAGAAUUUUAAUACUCUCAUGGCUGUGAUUGGGGGGCUCUGCCAUAGUGCCAUUUCAAGGCUGAAGGAGACUCAUAGCCAUUUAUCACAGGAUGUGCUAAAGACACUGAGUGAGAUGACAGAGUUGGUCUCCUCCAGCAGUAACUACAGUACAUAUCGGAGAGUGUACAAUGAAUGCGUAGGGUUUAAAAUUCCCAUAUUGGGGGUGCAAUUGAAGGACCUGGUUUCCCUAAACGAAGCUUUGCCGGAUUAUUUGGAUAAUGGGAAGAUUAAUGUCAGCAAACUGCGCAGUCUGUAUCACCACAUUCUGGAAUUACUUCAUCUCCAGAAAACAGUUCCAAAAUUUAAGGCUGACAAGGAUGUCACAUUGCUUCUAACGUCAUCACUUGAUCUAUUUCACACAGAAGAUGAGAUUUAUUCCUUGUCCUAUGCAAGGGAACCGCGGAGUCACAAAUCCCUGCCCUCAGCACCUCACAAACCUCCAAGUGGGAUAUUACAGUGGCCCCAUACAGUCCCCCUACAGCCAGACCCUGAGACCCUCAGUCACAAUGUGGAACAAAUGGUGGAGUCCGUUUUCCAGUUUUAUGACCCGGAGCAACGAGGAUAUAUUUCUCUGGAAGACUUUGACAAAAUUGUGGCCAGCCUACCAUUCUCUUGUCACAUUCUGGAAAGGGACCAUGAUGGUCCAGUGAGUCGCCAGGAGAUGACUUUAUACUUCAGGAAAGCCAGUCACCUCUGCACCAAGUUGGGGGUCAGCUUUCUGCAGAGUUUGGUGGAGACUCGGCUAAAGAAAUCACCCUUGUGCACACACUGUAUUUGGGCUGUGGCUAAACAAGGCUUUGUUUGUGGAGUUUUAGACAAGGAACUUAUGAAGAGCUGGUCCCCUGAUGUUGUUAGUUCUACAGAAGCAGAUUCUGAUUCCAGAGGCCAGAGUAUUAAAAUACAGUGCCAAAAGGCUACCCAGACAGACAGGUCUCCAAAUGCAGACUCUGCUCACUGCAAUGCUGUAGAACGUCCAGCUGUUGUUACAUCUCCCUGUGAGAAUUCCUGCAGAAGAUCACAGUCAUUUAUUGUCCAGCUGCAAGAAGUAGAGCAGGAAAGGGACAAUCUGCUUUUAGAAAAUGCCGGACUACAUAGCUCCAAUUCUGAGCUGUUAGUGGAAAAUGCCAGGCUGCAGAGCCAGCUGAGUGACUUGCAAGAGGAUUUACGGGCACUGAAGCUGGAUUCAAGGAUGCAGCCUUCUGUUUCUCCAAUCCUGGAUCCCAUGGGCUCUCUCCACCUUCAGUGUGAUGGAAAAUUGUAACCUCUAAAUAAAGAUUUGAAUCAACAUCUAAGCAGACAUCAUAAACCAAUGCAUGUGAAAGCUUUGGACUCUGCAGUAUCUCAGUACAUCAUGUAAAAUCACCUGGAAUGCAGAAUUCUUUUUCAAUGAUAUUAUGAAUCAAACUGAAUCAAAAUGCACUGUGCUAUUGGAGUUCUAAAAGUGGUACAUUUCUGGGCAUUUAAUUUAUUUGGAAAGUUAUGGUACUGCUUGUACAGAGAUGAUGUACAUACUGCUGCCUCUAAUACUGGCAGAAUGAAGACAAGCACCUGAUUCAGCAUCUUGACUUUUAAAUCUCGUGUGCAAAAAUGUUCUUUUGUAUGAUUUUUGUGUGCAACACAAGCCCAGCUUGGUGGGAGUGUCUGAAGUGGACCAAGGUCUGGAAACACAUAUUGGAUAUUGUACAUGGUUCUGUGCAAGCCACAGUUUGUAUAUAAUAAAACAAAUGCACAUAUUUGUAAUAAUAGUGCUCAAAAUGUUAUGUGUGUGUGUAUAUAUAUAUAUAUAUACAUAUAUAUAUAUAUAUAUAUACACACACACACACACACACACACCUACUUAGCACAACUCAGGGAUUUUUUUUAUAUCUGCAAAAACAAUGUGCAGUGUUGUGUUUUGGUACAGUUUUGCAUUGUAUUCCCUUGUGAAUUACAAACCCAUGCAAUAGUUCCUAGCUGUUUAUGUAUUGUCACAAUACAGUUGCUUUCAUACA